GUCCUAAAUGCAUCAUGGGAAACGUGCCUCCAAACGCGCUCCGAUUCUUUUUCUUUUUUCCCUCCCUUCAUUUUGUAGCGAGAACAACGCGUAAGAGACUCAAGAAAUUAAAUCGCAAUUGAAAGCUGCAAUCUCUCACUAAAAAUCCAAAGCUUUGAUCCACAGUAGCAAUGGCCCGUACAAAGCAGACUGCUCGUAAGUCCACUGGAGGUAAAGCUCCACGUAAGCAGCUGGCCACCAAGGCUGCCCGAAAGAGUGCCCCUUCCACCGGAGGUGUGAAGAAGCCCCAUCGCUACAGGCCCGGGACCGUGGCUUUGCGUGAGAUCCGUCGUUACCAGAAGUCCACUGAGCUUCUGAUCCGCAAGCUGCCCUUCCAGCGCUUGGUGAGAGAAAUCGCCCAGGACUUCAAGACAGACCUGCGUUUCCAGAGUGCAGCCAUUGGUGCUCUGCAGGAGGCAAGCGAGGCCUACCUGGUGGGUCUGUUUGAAGACACCAACCUGUGUGCCAUCCAUGCCAAGCGCGUCACUAUCAUGCCCAAAGACAUCCAGCUGGCGCGUCGCAUCCGUGGGGAGCGCGCUUAAUUUUUUUUUCUCUUAUGAAAUACUCUUCUCUCUUCUCAUCACCAUCCUUUCCUUCUCCCUAUAUAGAUAGUAGUUUGGUUUGAGGUUCUCUAUAUAUUAUGACUGUGAUAAUCGUAAAUGUGUGAUUGUCUUGGUUGGUGCUACAAGUAGAAGAGUUUGUUUAGAUAUAUAUUCAUUUAGGUUUAAACUUUACACUCCUCACUUUAUCUAUUGAUAUGAAUAUGGUGUUUUUAUUAGCCAUAAGUAAGUAGUGUGUAAUCUGGAAUGAGUAUAUUACAUAGCGUCGACAUUUUCAGUCUGCAAACAAUGAUAUAAUGGGUCCUCUGUUUUUCUUUUCUUUUUAAAAGACAUAAAACACAGUCAGUUCUAUUUUUACAACGGUGGUGUUUAAUAUUGUAUCAGAAUCCAAAUAUUUUAUUCUGGUUAAAAUGUCAUUGCACUAUAAUGACUGCAUGGUUUGACACUUAUACACGGCAAAUAUGUAGCAGACCGAAAUUGAUUUUACACUUGGUUUUCACCACACUGUUAUGUCCAUGCAAGGUUAUAUGAUGUUUUGGUUUCUCUCUCAGGUCGAUAACCUAUUUUUUUUCUACUGUUUUUUUUUGUAUGUGUGUGUUUGGUCAUUUUGAAGGCUAAAACAUUUGUACUCCAAAAUUCACAUACAGACAUAAAUAAACUAAUUGUGGUUGAA